GUUGCAAGACAAACAGCUUUUUCCGCAGCAAGCUGCCUGAGUGUCUUUCUAUGAAAAGAACUACCAGGACCUGAGGUACAUCCAGGUGCUCAUACGUCUCCUAGUGCUAGUAUAUGUGCUGUGAUGAAGAAACUUGCACAUCAUUUCUGUCUCUACGGGUGACGAGCUGCUUGAGAAGAAGAUUGGAUUUUGUGCGACACCAGAGCAAGUCUAUUGUAUAUCCAAACAACUGAAAUUACCCGUCUGCAAGUCAGAUGCUGUAGAUGCCAGUGAUGAUGUCGGUCACGUGUACAGUUUUGUUUACAAUGUCACACAUGUGCCCGUCUCGUCGGCUAUUCGACCUCUCGCUGUCAGCAGCAUGAGAUAUGAUUUGUCACUAUUCAAGUCUUUAGCAGAUUUGAAGAUCAGUGGUUGUGACUUGUCACUCAUUGAUGUUCUCAGCAUUUUACAGAGUCAACUAACUCACAUGUCAGUACACCAGUCAUUGAAAUCAAUGCAGGAAUUGUUUGUUGAUUGUGUCAUAGCAAAACGAACGUCUGCGCCAUCUCAAUCAGCUUCCACGUUCAAACGUUGGCGGCGAACCUGUCACGGCAAACUGAUCGCCAGUCGGCAUGUCCUUCAACCAUGGAGAUCUCUACAAGUUGUCAACAUCAGCCACAAUUGCAUCAAAUUUCUUGAUCAGUCGCUAGAUCUCAUGCCUCAUGUGAGACAGAUGAGUGUGAAUCACAAUGAGUUGGAACAGUUAGAUUUCCAGCAGUUGAGUCAAAUGUCGUUGGUCAAACUAGACGUCUCAUUCAAUACUCUCAAGCUGCUGUCGUCCAGUAAACAGGUUGUGAGAAUCUUGUUAAUCUCGUUCAUCUCAAUGUGAAGAAUAAUCUUCUCACUCAUGUAAAUGAACUGAAUUGUUUGUCAAAUCUUGCUCAUUUGUCAGACUUGGUAUUUGCAGGAAAUCCGUUUGCGAGGGGAAUGCUGCAUAGGGCAAGUGUGUUUGCUAGAUUACAUCUUGUUGCUAGACAGUUAACUUUAGAUGGCUACAAGAUGUCACGAAGAGACGAGUCGAAAAUCCGUUGUCACAUGUCUGUCUCUCCUCCACAUCAUCUCAUCUCAAACACAUCAUCAUCCAGACCCCAUCACUCUCGCUCGUUAUUCGUCCCGACUUCGUGUGCAACACACAACAUUCAACAACCAACAGCGAGUGUCAAACCGUCAUCUCAAACGGUCGAAAACAGACAGAUAAAACGAUCGACGGCUGCACUGACUUUACUAGAGAAGAGGGAAAUGAAUGGACGUGACGUCAUGACGGAUUCAUGCAUGUCACGUGACUUGAGUGACAAUGAGACAUUGGGGGAUGAGAGUGAGCAUAGCACUCGAUCAUCAUCGACACUUCAUUCUCCAUCAAUGUCUUAUAGUUUGGCUUCUGGUCAUCGAAGACACGCCCACACACCAGAGGAAGGAAAUGAGUUAAGAACACGGUCAUCGACUGCAUCUCCACAAACUGUGGCUGUCCCUCAUUGCCAUGUUGAUAUCAAUGAUUUGAGUCAGGGUGGACGCAAUUCUCUGAGUCAAUUGUUGUCUCUUUCUGGUGAAAAUCUGAGUGAGAGAGAGGGUUAUGAGAUGAGAAAGAGUGGAGCAAUUUGAGCACAUGUUGACUAGAUGAGUACGAUGCAUGUGGGUCUUGCAGUCAAUCGGGUCAGCACAUGCACACACAAUAGAUCGUCACAUUGCAUAGAGGUAGAGAUAAUUACUCAUUUUUAAUCGACAGAUUUAUGUGAUUGUUUUAGCACUCAGCAAUAAAUAUUUUGUCUAAUUAGUAAAAAUUAGUUUGGAGUGACAU